AUGGCAAUGGCAACGAAGCAUUCGAGAAAGGACGCCCGAAGGACAGUCAAUCUGGACUUUGACGCUCGCGUCCCCAUCCCCUUCAGUGUCUUCCCGUCGUCGUACCGGAGUGACGCUGUCUCUGAGGCUACUCACACCCGAGUAGAAGGAGAAGUCAACUUGGAUCGCACUUCGCGCGUCGGACGGGAAGAUACUCGAAUCGCCGCUCCUCUCCCUGACCCCAACGUCUACGGAAAGGAAGAAGUCGACGUCGACGUUCGCUACACUUCUGACGACCGUCGUCGCCCAGCUCGUCGCUACGAGGAGUCCGAUCUCGUCUACGAGGAACGUGAGCGUUACCCCGAGGUAGAGCUUUCUCGUGAACGAUACCGUGCCCCCAUUGGUCAUCACCGUCCUGGUCCUGACCGCGCCGAAGUUGAGUCCCAGCUUGAUAUCACCGAGCGUGAAUAUCGCCGUCGCGUCCACCCACCGACCUACGAAGUCGACGCUGCCUACUCCUCCAGUGCUUACGAGCCCGUCGAGUCCUACCGCAGCAACAACUCCCGCAGCAGCACUCGUGAGGUAGACGUCGACGCCUACCGUACCAGCAGCCGCUACUCCGCUCCCACCGAGGUCAACGUGAGCAAGACCACCGUCUACGAGAAAGACCCCAAGACCAAGAUGGGUUACUACGACGACGAAGGCCACUACCACUCCUUCCGCCGCGGCGUCGAGCGUGCGGCCGAUCGCUUCCUCCACCCCUUCCACAGCGAGGCCAAGGAGGACGUCGUCGUCCAGGAGCGUGCCCCCGCCCGCCGCCGUGAGAAUGUUCGCGUCGUUCGUCCUCGCAGCGGCCACCCGCCCGACACCGUCCCGAUCCCCUGCCACUUCAUCCGCAUUGGCGAUCUCCUGGUCCUCCAGGGCCGUCCUUGCCAGGUGAUCCGCAUCUCGGUCUCCUCCCAGACCGGCCAGCACCGCUACCUCGGUGUCGACCUGUUCACCCGUCAGCUGCACGAGGAGUCGAGCUUCGUCUCCAACCCCUCGGACUCGGUCGUCGUCCAGACCAUGCUGGGCCCCGUCUACAAGACCUACCGCGUCCUGGACAUCGAGGACGGCCACGUCGUCGCCAUGACCGAGACCGGCGAUGUCAAGCAGGGUGUCCCCGUCCUCAACCAGGGUGGUCUCUUCGAGAGACUCAGCGACGCCUUUGCUGACGGCCGUGGCAGCGUUCGUGCUCUGGUCAUCAACGACGGAGGUCGCGAGCUGGUGGUCGACUACAAGGUGAUCCACGGAUCCAGACUGUAA